ACUGAGUUCAGGCGACUAAAUCCCUUGCUAGCAUGAACACAACUGGCGGUUGCAUGUCAUCCAUGCCGUUAGGUUACGACUCCAUCUUACGAGCUCCUUACAUCGCCGCCGAGCUGCUAAUAGCACUGGCCGCAGUCAUCGGGAACCUCCUGGUGUGUCUGGCAGUGAGGUGGAAUCGGAAACUCCAGACCGUCACCAACUACUUCCUGGUGUCGCUGUCGGUAGCAGACAUCUUGGUGGGGCUGUUAGCGAUUCCCUGUGCCGUGCUGACGGACCUGGGUCGACCCCACAACGACCUGCCCCUCUGCCUGGUCCUGCUCAGCAUACUCAUGGUGCUCACCCAGAGCUCCAUCCUCAGCAUGCUGGCGGUGGCAGUGGAGCGCUACGUUGCUAUCCUGCGUCCCUUCCACUACCAGCGGGUCAUGAGCCCCAGGAACGCCCGGUUGGCUCUGCUCCUCACCUGGAGUCUGGCGCUAGUCUCGGGCUCCGUGCCCAUCAUGGACUGGCAAAGCCAGAACCACGACGCUGGCUACUGCCUCUUCACCUGCGUGGUGGACAUGUCCUACAUGGUCUACUUCAACUUCUUCGGCCUCCUCCUCCUCCCGCUGCUCGUCAUGUUCAUCAUCUACGCCCACAUCUUCUACACCAUACGGCACCAGCUGCGACGCAUCGCCGUGGCCAGGGGGUCGCCCUCCGAGGCCGGCCCCACGCCCUCGGCGGGGGUCUCCGUCACCGGGGACGGGGGUACGCGAGGCCCCGAGACACGGGGCGACGGGGCCGAGCAGGGGGCCCCCACCCUGGGUGCUGCGGACUCCGGGCUGGGUGGGGCCGCUGUCGGGGGGAGUGGACAAAGAAUCACCCCGAGAAGCGUUGGUGCCGAGGUGGUGGGCUUCUCUUCCAGGGGGGCCACUCGGUUCAGGUUUGGAGAGGGUAAGAGGGUCAGGGUUGGGGCUGCCGUGGACGGACCAGAUGCAGUGGUUGAGGAGGAGGAGGAGGAGGAUGGACACGCCAGGUUAAAGGCUGUCAUGGGGGGAGCUGAAGCUGGGGCGAAGAGAGCUCGGAGCAGGCCUAUGGACCGGGCCUCCAGAGGGGGCGUUGGUAAGACGACACCCAGGUUAGAGGCUCUGCGCGAGGCAGGGGGCGCGCGAGAACCAGACCCGGGUGAACCAGCAGGCGCAGCGGCCUCCAAACAAACGGCAAGCGGGACUCGAACCCAGUCCUUUGGACCGCUCAUCCAAACAAAGACUACUACCGUGAUCCGGAAGAUGUCGAGGCAGUCUACUAGGACUUCCUGCUCCGGUUCGGACGACCGCUCCUCGGGGUCGACAGUAGAGUCCAACAAACCCAGCACUGCGCGAGCCCGACUGGAAAUCCAGAAGGCCACCUCCCUCUUCCUGGUGCUCUUCCUGUUCAUGGUGUGCUUGAUGCCCAUCCACCUCAUCAACUGCCUCCUGCUGCUCCGGCCGCAGUGCCCCGUCCCCAUGAGCAUCACACUGGCGGCCAUUUUGUUGUCUCACGCCAACUCGGCGCUGAACCCCCUGCUGUACGCCUACAGGAUGAGGUCCUUCAGGCACACACUCAGAGGAAUGUGCUCGCGGAGAAGUUCACCAAAGCACCACUAGAGGGCAGUGAAGGGUUUCGUACAUACAGAACAUCGAGGUUUCUGUGAUAUGAUCUUAUGACACCUUUUCCCUCAAUUAUAGCUGAAAGGUGGCUCUUAAAUCUUACCUACAGCACCUUUUGACGGUUUUUUACUCGGUGUUACUUAAGUAAGUGAUGUGUGUAAAAACCAGGACAAUUACAAUUUGAAAUUACCAAGCCUACAGCAAGUUUUUGCUACACAAAUCUCAGAAUUCAGAUUUUAAACUUUUAACAUGUGGCCCAAAUUGUCUUUCGUAGCUUUUCAUACUGUAUAGUGAAACUUUUUUUGGUCUAGUGUCUUGUUUAUUAGAGACACUGUUUAGCUAAGAGACAGACAAAAACUGCAGAGCAUCAUUGACGAAAAACAUGAGCCAAAAUGAUCUUUCAUUAAUAACGGUUAACAACAACAUCACAACAAACACAUAAACACUUCAACAUAACUGCGUGCUUUAUUGAUAUACAGUAAAGCAUUUUAUAAUACAGUAGUAAGGCAUAUAUUUGGUGGAAUCUGAUAUGUUGUGGAGUAUCGAUGAGUAUUGAAGGGCGGAAGAAAAUGACAACAAAAAAAACAUGGCGGGGUUGGGGAGAAAGAAA